AUGAAUCAUAAUUUGCUUUUGUCGGAAAUUCAUAUUUCAUUCCAUAUUUGCCUUCCUAUUUAUAUUGCGUUUUUAAUUUUAAUCUGUAUCUCCUUAUCACAUAGCUUUUCUGUUUUCAUUGCUUUUGUCAGUUUCUUCUCUCUUCUCUUCCGUCAAUUCCAUAGUCUUCAAGUUUCUAUCCUGCUCUUUCAAUUUCUUUCCUCUUCUUGCGCUUUCUUUUCUCACUUAUUCCUUUUAUUCUCUUAUUGUUCUCUUUCGUCUCUCUCUCAUAUGCCAUCAUUUUUCUCUUUCGUCUCUCCCUCUCUCUUAUAUGCCAUCAUUUUCUCUUUCGUCUCUCCCUCUCUCUUAUAUGCCAUCAUUUUCUCUUUCGUCACUCUCUCAUAUGCCAUCAUUUUUCUCUUUCGUCUCUCCCUCUCUCUCUCUCUCAUAUGCCAUCAUUUUUCUCUUUCGUUUCUCUCUUUUAUGCCAUCAUUGUUCUCUUCUUACUCUCAUCAUCUCUAUUUCACUUCUUACAACACUACUUUUCCUUCUUUUCUCCCCACUUAA